AUGCGACAAAUGCUUCUUCAGCUCUUGUCUACUAUGCAAAUCACCCAGGCCCAGGAAAAGGAAAUCAUCAAUAAAAGCAACGAAGAACUAGCAGACUUAUUACGUAAAUGGUUAAUGGGUCGGAGGUAUCUCAUUGUUGUAGAUUACAUGUGGAGCACAGGCUCCUGGGAUGAAAUCCAAAGGUGCUUCCCAGAAGAUAGUAAUGGAAGUCGAAUAUUGGCGACCACUCGACUUCAAGAAGUGGCCAUUUAUACAGGAGGAUCACAUAAUUAUUGGCUAAACUUGCCUUUCCUAAAUCCAUAUGAAAGUUGGGAAUUAUUUAGUGGGAGGAUUCUCAAUUAUGGAAGCUUAAGCUCACCGCCUGUGAAACUUGAAGGGAUAUGGAGACACAUUGUUGAGUAUUGUAAAGGAUUGCCGCUUGCAAUUGUCGUAGUUGCAGGACUUGUACUGGCCACCAAUCAGUCACUGUGUCAGUACAAGUACUGCAGAAGACCCCAAACCUUUGAUACCUGA